GUCCUUUCGCUGGUGGAGGCGGAGCCCCCCCAGCCAAGCUCUGCCCAGAGGGGGAUGCCGGGUGUCCGCCCCCAGGGGCUGUUCCCGGGGUGUGUCAUUACCGGGGAGGGGUCAUUACCGAGCGGGGGCUCAUUAGCGGGGCAGGUGGUUAUUACCGGGCAGGCGGUGGGUUAUUACCUGGGCGUCCGUCAUUCCCGGGCGGUGGGUCACUCCCUGCAGUGGGUCACUCCCGGGACUGGGGGGAGGUCACUCCCUGCAGUGGGUCAUUCCCGGGGUAAGGGGGAGGUCACUCCCUGCAGUGGGUCACUCCCAGGGCAGGUGUGGGUUGCAGGGGUCCCGCCCUGGGGCCGGGCACCCGCGUCCCCAAUGCGGGCAGGAGCCGGUGCUGGGCCAUGAGCAACGCGACGGCCCCCACGGCCCCGGGCACGGCGGGCGACUCGCUGGUGGGCUCCGUGCUGGGCCCCUUCCUCUUCCUCACCCUCCUCGGCGCCGUCCUGGCCGCGGUGAUGUACGUGCAGAAGAAGCGCAGGUCUGAGCGGCUGCGGCACCGGCUGCUGCCCAUGUACAGCUACGACCCGGCCGAGGAGCCGCCCGAGUCCGAGCAGGAGCUGCUGGUGGAGGCCGAGGAGGCUCAGGUGGUGCCUGGCUGGGGGGGACUCUCACCCCCUCGGCCCCCACGCAGGGACUGGAGGGCUUGACCCUGCCCGGAGCACCAGGACCAGAUCCUGCCCACGGGAGGGAAGGGAGGACGGUGCUGGCGCCGUGGGACGGGCAGGACGUGCCCGCAGUGGUGCCCCCAGCAACCCCCACCCCAGCACUGACCGGCGGGGACAUCGUUUUGCCUUUUUUUUUUUUUCUGCUUGAACUGCUCCAGCAGCCCCUUGGAAGGCUCAAGGUGGGGCAGCAGGGCCUGGCAGGGAACAGCGGGCUCCAGACACUGCGGGAUGCCCGGGGGGAGAUGGAGCAAAUAAACGUCUCUGCCUUCGGCC